AUGAAUUCUUAUUAUUCAAAAUUAUAUUAUGAACGGUUUUUUCCAUCUAAAAAAAUAUUUAAAUGGCUAAAAAUAAAUUCUACUAGAGAGCUUUCUUUUACAUUAGAGAAUGGUAUAUUCACAAGAUAUCAAACAUUCAGUGAUUAUGAAUCUUUUAGAAAAAGACUUAAUGAUUUAACAUUUGAAAAGAUUGAUAUAGGGGCUGUGUACGAUGUAAAACCAGAAAAAAAUAAAAUAAAAAAAGCUGUUGAAAAAGAGCUUGUUUUUGAUGUUGACUUGACAGAUUAUAAUAGAACGUGUUGUAUUGAUAAAAAUAUCUGUGAAAGGUGUAUAUCGUUAAUAAAAGUAUCAGUAGAACUUUUAGAGUAUAUUUUAAAAGAAGAACUUGGUUUUAAAAAAUUGUGCUUUGUAUUUUCAGGUAGACGAGGCGUCCAUUGUUGGGUGACUGAUUCUUAUGCAUCUAAAUUUUCUGAAGAAAUAAGGGGACAUAUAGUAAGUUAUAUUGAAAAAGUAUGUGCAAGUUGUAUGUACAGUGAUAAAUACACAGAAAUCUUAAUGCGAUACAUACCUUACUUAAUAGAUCAAGGGUUUGUAGAAAAAAGCAAUUUAACUUCACAAAAAUUUGUUAAAGAUAAAAAAUUUUUACAGAUAUUGUAUGACAAGAUGUUCCUAAAAAUUGAUAGCGAAGUUACGAAAUCACUAAUACAUCUUAUAAAAAUGCCAUUUUGCAUACAUCCUGCUAGUCAAAUGCUAUCCCUACCUAUAGAUCCAGGUAAUUUGAAUGAUUUUGUUCAAAAUUCUAUGAUAAAAUUAGAAGAUUUAAUUAAAAAUCCCAAUCUUCUUAAUAAUGCACUUAAAAUAUUAGAUUCUUGGAUUUUAUGA